AUGUUGGAGGAGGUGUUUUUGGUCUCUCCUUAUUUGGUAAAUGGUUGUACUGGCAAAAUGGGCAAGGCAGUAGUUGAAGCAGCUGUCUCUGCAGGAAUUCGUAUUGUUCCAGUAUCAUUUGGUGGUCUAAAAAACGCUGGAAAAACUGUGCAAGUGGGUGGAAAAGAUAUUCAAAUGUAUGGUCCCUAUGAAAGAGAACGCAUUCUAGCAUCUACCUUAAAUGAUUAUCCAAAUUUGAUUGUGGUGGAUUACACAGUGCCUGUUGCAGUCAAUGGCCAAUCUCAUCGAUUUAAGGCCUUUAGAAUCAUCUCUCUCAUCCAAUGCCGUGCUGGUUCUUCUGCUUCUUGCUCUGAUUCUUCUAAUCUCAAGUCACUUCCACAGGUAAAAAAAAUACGAGAUCCCAAGCAACAAAUUGAGAUGGUGGGUGUCCCAAAAGAGUACCUAUCUGGUCAUGCAUUCCACAUGUAUCACCUGGAGUCACCUGAUAAAACAAUUUCUUUUGAGUUUCAGCAUAAUGUCUGUGGUAGAUCAAUCUAUGCGGAGGGUACAGUUGAUGCUGCAAUUUUCCUUGCUAAGAAGGUGAUAAUGCUUGCUUCCUCAAAAUGCACCGCUCGAGUUCAAUCAAAGGCGGACAAAUUCAUCUACAGCAUGAUAGAUGUUUUGCGGGAGGGCGCCAUGAGAUGA